AUGGGAAAGACGACAUGGAAGUUUGGAGAUGUUGCUGCAGUUCGCACCAAGCGGCGUGAACUUCGGGAAGCGAUCACUGAGGAGCGCCGUGCGGAGAAGCUCCGCGCCCAGGAGGCUCGAAAGUCUGAGGAGGUCAAGCAGGAAAGGGUUCGGCGAGAAGUGUGCAGACCGCGCCGUUCCCGGCAUGAUUCAUGGCGGACCACGGAGCAUUUCCUCAUGGAUUCCUUUACACUGCAUGGCCAAGAUGACGACUGCGACCUGGCAAUGGCAGCUCAGCUGGGCUUGGAUGACGAAACCUACCGUCAACUCAAGUCGCUUGAGGGCCGAGAGAUUCGGCCAGAAGACUACGAUCUGCUGGGACGCCUUGAUGACAAUGUCAAGCGCGAAACCGGGUUAGAUGGCAAGCGCCUCAAGGUGUUUCCAACCGAAGUCUACGAGUCUGGCAACCAGGAACCAGAGAGUUGUGGUAUUUGCUUGGACGACUUUGAAACCGGCGAAGUUCUUCGAACGCUGCUUCCUUGCGGCCAUCGAUUCCACAAGAACUGUAUUGACCGCUGGCUGACAGAGACGUCUGCGCUGUGUCCUGUGGACAAGCUCAACAUCGCGGAUUACCAAUCGACUUGA